CUCCUUCUUCUCCACCAGUGUAGGCAGGUAUUUAGUAACGCUGGUGGAGGAACACCGGGACAUCAGUAUUGUUUACCCCUCCUUGCCGUUAUAAACUGAGUAAUACGGUGCAAGAAAAACAUGUCGUCUUGGGCGAAAUCACCCGCGGGUGGUCGGCGGAAUUCAGGCAACCCGAAUGGAAGUGCUCAACAGCUGCGUCUGUUUCGGAGAACAGCUCCUUACCCCACCAGAGAGGAGAGGGCCGAAGAUCUGAAAGCUGCCCUGGACAGUUAUGAAGAAUUAGAACAAAUGCAAAACUACACUGGAAAUGUAAAGUUUGAGGGGCUCAAGAAUCAGACAAAUGCCAAGCUCGAAGGCAACACUCCAGCAGACAGACGCAAAACCCUCUAUCAGAAGUUCUACAGACAGGUGCAGGAGGACAGGAAGCCGGCCGACUGCGUUGUUCUCUCUGUAACCAACCAGUGCCUGGAUUACCCCAAAUCGCUAAGCCAGUGCUUGCAGGAGCGCGGCCUGUCAGUGGAAAUGCUCUACCUUCAAGCGGAAUCGGGCCUGACCCGGGCCCUGCAGGAUGUCCGAGCAGAUGGCUCCCCGUUAUGUAUUCUGGUGGAGCAGACAAACGUAGCUCUGUCCUCCUGCACGGUUAUCAUAUUCUCAGAAUCCCUCAAAAUCCAUCGCAACAUGCCCAAAGACCAGGCCAUGGACUUUGUUCAGGCAGAAUACAAGCGUGGACUCUCCAAAGAACGCCCGCAGAGGGACCCUGCAGAUACAGCAGCGCAGGCGUCACAGCUGCUGGAUGACUUUCUGGAUCGGGAAAAGAUUGCGCGCCACACCGUUCCCUCCGAAACACGACAGCUCCUCAUGCUGUUAGCCGACGGGGUGCACCUGUACCCCGAGGAGCUGGAGACCAUCUCAGACUACGUUCAUGCCCGCCAGGACCACAUACAAGCCUCCAACACUGAGGGCGAGCGAGGGAACAUGUUACCUCCAGGUUUGGGAAAACCACCUCCACUGCUCCCUACUCCACCUGGACCUCCUCCACCUCAGUCUGGAUCUGGCGGGCCCAUGGUGGACCUCCCCCCGCCUCCACCUGUACCCCUCUUACCUUCACCAGGCUCUUAUCCUAAAACCAAACCUCCUCCGCUGCUGUCUUUACAUCGGCUUCCUGGUCCAUCAUUAGGGGCUCCACUCCUUCGUGGUCCGAUGUCCUCGCACAUCCCGUUCGGUGGUCCCGGCAUGUCUCGCGGGCCUCUACUCCACCACCCUCCACCUCCGUUCCACCCAGGCGCCAGAGGUCCUCACGGGCCCAGAGCGGCUCCCCCAUCUCUGAAGAGCUCUCGUCCUCCGCUUCUGUCCUCCCCAGGUGGCCUUCUCCCACGACCGAUCGGCCCCCAUCAUUAAGAAACCACAGAGACUCUCUCACACUGUAAAAACACGCAGGUUACAAGCUGUGUUUUGAACAUUUCAGCUAACUUUAGCCGAAGACUCCUGACCUUUUGCCCAGGGUUCGUCUGCUGACAUUUUUUAAUAAUAAAACUAGUAAACCACCUUUAGUUGGAAGAUAAAAAAUGGUAGUUGCUGUUAGAUAUUAUUGUGGAUGGACUGAUGGAAGAUGGUAUGUGAUAUUCUGAUUGACAAUUUUUAAGUAUGUUUUUCAAGAUCCCUCCAGCAUCAUUGCCCCCUCCCCUUUUUUUUUUUCGUUGUAAUGUUUUGUAAAUCCAGUUCUCCUCUUCAAACUGUAAUGUUGGUACAGUGACGAGCUGCACAGGAGAGACAUCGAUCAGUUGGCUUGUUUAGCCGAAUGCACAGAGACACCCAACACAACAGAUGGCAGCUGGUUUACAUUUAAAGCAGCAAGAAGUCAAGAGGUAUCGGUGGAAACGCAACAGGACUAGUGAUGUUCCUAGCAGCUCAUUUCUCUGUCGAAAUUUAAAUUUCGACUAGCCGACUCGUCUAAAAGUAAGAAAACUGCGGCUAUGCUCCAGUCUGGCUUUGUUUAUCUGUUCACCAUUAAUUUUCAGAAGCCUUUAACAAAGUUGAAUGGAAGCACAUCUCGCACAGUCACUGCUGAUGACAGACAGAGUUUAUCUUUUCCGACUGAGCAGAUCGCAACGUCUGUGGGUAAGUUUCCAAACGUUAGCAGUGCAAACACUAGCAGCCUUUUUUCCCCUCGCAGGUUAAACGCUAACAUGCCUGUGCUGAAUGUGGUUACGCUUUGCUACAGUCGAGCGCUUGCACACCAGUAUUUUCUUGCACUACGUUUCAUUUUCUAGAUCAAAAUACUUCCAAGUGGCGCUGAUCUGUCCUAUUUUCCACCUUGUUAACAUCUGCUUGAAGACGAGGGGGGGGCUGCUGUCUGUUGGGGCUGCAAAGAUCUAAGACGCACCAGUUCAUCAGCAUUGUGUAAUAAUGAGGUUAACCGACCAGUAUUUCUGGUGCUGCCUAGUGAAGAUAGCAACUGUUUAGUCGACUAAUGGCACACAUCCCUUAGUAGGACCUUCUAUUCUCCUGUGUGUAAUCGCAGGUCGUUUUCCUGCUGUUUGUUGGUUUGUUUUUUUUUCAAGAUGGUGCUUCUAAUUUCACAAGAUUCUCUGCUGAGGAGAAUUUCAACAACCAACUAAUAGCUUGUUUUUCCAAGCUGCAUUCUCAAAUUUCACGUUAUUUAUAUUUAGAUGUAUUUUUUUUGCCACAAGUAAUCAGUCUGAAGAUCUUUGUGUGACGGCUCUCGAUCUACAGUUGCAUGUACGACUUUUCAGCUUUUACAGAAAAUCAUCUUCUUUACAUUAACAUAUUUUCACAAGUAUUUCUUUAAAUUGAUUUUUGGUCGAGUGAGAAUCAUGACGAGGUAAUUGCCAUGUAUAUUAUGUUUUCAGCAAAUGUAACCCACCCUCCCUCUACCAACAUCCUGACCUGAGAUUUUUUCUUUUUUUUUUUAAAUGACUGUUUUCAUAAAAGCACAAGAGGAAGCUUAAGAUGCUUCCAAGAAUAACUUAAAGGAAUCAUAAAUCAAGUGAACGCAUAUUGGAUUUUCUUAUCAGCAGGACGUCUUAACACAGAACAUGUAAGAAAUCUCCAUCGCAAAAUGUCUGGCUGAGCACGCUGUGUUGUCAUUAAACUCGCUGUUCAAAUUGAAUUUUCAUUUUAAAUAUGUCUGAUGCAGUCAGCGUGGAGGAAGUGCAGAAAAAAAAAAACUAAAUGUUUGACAUGUAAUGGAGCAACUGCAUUCAUUGUUGUUAUUCAGGGAAAAUGUAUAGGUUUAUUCCAGAGCAAACAGUUUUGUAUUAUAAUUUACUUUUUUUCCCCCCAUAAUUGUUUUUGACCUGUGAAACAAAAAAACCUUUCAUAACACUUAAAUGUCGUAUUCUGUUUUAAUACUUCAGAUAAAGCAGAAAUCCAGUUGUGAAGUCACCUCUCUGUUACAGGAAAUCAACAGAGCUUCUGAUUGCUAAAAAGGGAUUUGAAGAUGUUUCCUGCAGCACUUGUCUGGUUUAGGAAGACAUCUGCUUGUGCGACGCAUCGGACUACGCAGCAAACUUCAAACUUUGAACCUGCCCUUCAUUUUUCCCCCCCGUUUUGUAGAUAAUGUUUAAGUCCUGUACUCUUUAUUGUUUUUUUUUUUUUGUUGAAUAUAUUGUAAAUAUUCGACCACUCGAUGAUCUGGAUUAGUUUUCUUUGGCGUGCAGCAGUGUUGAUGUUCAACAGGUAUGAAGGGGGGAAUCUUGAUUAUAUUUUCAAAGAAAACGUCUAUAAAUGUUUUAAUAUUUUGAUGGAUUCGAUGAGCCUUUUUGAUGUUUUUUCUUUUGUUCAAAAGAGAAUUAAACAUUAAGAAAUUAAAGAU